GUUGCUAAUAAUUAUUUUCUUCCAGUUAUUAGGUGCAUUUAUCAUCUCUUUCAUAGCUGUGAUGGCUGUUAUUGGAUCUCGUGGCAGUCUGCCCAUCAACUUUGGUACCCCAGGACUGGUAGGAUUGGCCCUCUCAUAUGCAGCUCCAAUUGUGUCCUUAUUGGGAAGUUUUUUAUCAAGCUUCACUGAAACAGAAAAGGAAAUGGUUUCAGUUGAAAGAACUCUUCAAUACAUGGACAUUCCUCAAGAAGAACAAACUGGAUGCCUAUACUUGAAUCCAGAUUGGCCAAAUCAAGGAUUUAUCGAAUUUGAUUGUGUUACUUUGAAGUAUAUGCCAUCUUUGCCAGCUGCACUCUGCAAUCUUAGUUUUAGAAUUGCUGGAGGAACCCAAGUUGGAAUAAUUGGAAGAACAGGUGCUGGAAUGUCCAGUGUGUUAAAUGCUCUUUUCCGUCUUACUCCAAUAUGUACAGGCUCCAUCUCAAUUGAUGGCGUGGAUAUUAAAAAUAUUUCUGUCAGAGAACUACGUACACAUUUGGCCAUUGUCCCUCAGAGUCCAUUUUUGUUCGAAGGAUCAUUAAGGGAUAACCUAGAUCCUUUCAAAAUGAAUGAUGACUUAAAAAUUUGGAAUGCAUGUGUGUUUUUGUGUUUUGUGUCUUGUGUCUUGUAUUCUGUGUUUUAUUGUGUUUUGUGUGUGUUUUUGUGGUUGUGUUGGGAGCGAGAAAAGCAAAGAGUUAAGAGCAGCAAGGAGGGCAGAGAGAGGAACAAGCCGACAACCAAAAGAGAUGACACAAGAGCAUGGAGCGAGAAACAAGGAGCAGCAAGGAGGCGGAACCAGCGGGCAGCCAAGAGCGAAGAGCAUUGA